AUGAACAGAAAAGAAUUAUAUGAAAUGUUUAAUUACGGAGAGGCUGAAGAUAUGGGUCCUGUGGAAGCAGACGAAGCAGAGUACGUUCGGCUAUCGUAUAUUACCAACAACUCUGGUAAAGACAUCCUUCUCAACCUGAUUCCAAGAUACAAAUCGUCCUAUACCCAAGAGGGGAUUAGAUUCUUUAUUGAAACAAUAGCAAUGAUUGUGGACAAUCCAAAGAUGGCAGGAUUUACUUUCAGCCCUAUUUCCCUUAUAUCUCUUGUUAUGAGUUCCUUUGGCCCAUCGUAUUUCGAUAUUAUGGAUUGCCUAGAGAGGUUAAGUGAAGUCGAGGGAAUAUCAAGAAAGAUGCUCCUCCCCAUGAUCUACGGGCUUUCAUUCAAGUGUUCACAGUUGGAUGCUAUGUCGGAUAUAGCCGGUCACACAUCUGCACUUGAAGCAUUGACUGGGCUUCAUGGUGUUCUUGAAGAGCUUAAGAGCGAAGUCUAUUGGGGAUUGGGAGAUUCUGGGCCUGGAAAGGAUGUCGUUUUCGAUUUUCCCAUAUACUACGGGUUUCUGUGCAAUUUUCCUUGCUUCCUUGAUGGGUUUUUCGAACCUUUUAUAUACAAGAAGUGUGACUAUUCAUCACCUGCUCAGGAUUACCUUGGGAUCUCGAUGAGGGAGGUAGUGGAGAAGUCCAGAAGGUCGUACCAUGCCUUGUGCGAUCAUUCAUACAAGAUGCACCAUAUAAUAUAUUCUAUUAUAAAGUCCUCUAAGGAGCUGAGGACUAAUUUCAUGAGGUAUGUUUGUAAUGUUAUAUCUGUAAGCAAAGAGAGGAGUAAGACCAUCUUUAACUGGAGAGUAAGCAUAAGUGAUGGAUUUGCAUACAACAUGUCCAUGGUUAUGAGUAGGUUCAACAGAAAGAUAAUAGAUGGAAACAUGAUUGACAAAAUAAAUCCUGAAAACGUGGAAGAGAUCUCCUUGACAUCGUUUCCGACGUUCUGCUACUUUUCAAAGAUUCACCUACUGUUUACAUCUUGUGUGAAGUUUGGAGAAUAUAUCAAAAGCCUUGCAUAUGAAUAUAGACUUCUUGAGGGGGACGGAGGGGAAAGAUUGGAAGCAUACAGGAAAAGAAUAGAUUCGAAGAUAAGUGCUCUGAACGGACUUCUUUAUAUGACAGACUUUUUUGCAGACGAAAAAGCAUUUACUGAUUUCAUGACGGAAUACACUAGCGAGACCGAGUAUCCAUGGCCAGACAACUACUAUAGAACACUUCUAUGGAUGCAGGAGAUGACAAUUGACCUGAUAAAAUCAUCGACCAUUUCGAGUUCACUGAACAAGGUGAUGGAAACCAUCAUGGACUGGAGAAGUCCUAUGUUCAAAAAAGAAGUUGUGAAGAUACUGAGCCACAGAAGUAAUGCAAUCAAAUUUACAAUGCUCAAUAAGGUGAUAGAUUACUAUAACUCUUUGGGAAAGGAUGAGACGAGAAUGGAGCCCAGAAGUAUUAUCCACUCGAUCUUCAAGGAAGGAAGAGUAUUCUCUAGAAUGAAUGUUUGCAAGAGAAAUAUCACAUUCAUCAACUGCAUGAUGAAGGACUUUGAGUACAGUCUAUCCGAAGGCCUUUCUUCCAUUAAGGACAUAAAAGAGGAUAUGAAAACUGUCGAGGAUCUCACUAAGGAAUUGGAGGAGGUUAAGAAAAACAAUGCUGAGAUGGAGAAAGCCGAGUCCAUUAGUGAGAGGAUAGGGUCAAUAAAGAAGAGCAUCCGGUUCUCGAAAAACAAAGCAAGAAACUCUUUUCUGUAUGUUGAUGGAUGCUUUGACUUGUUUAUGCACAUCCUUGAUGAAAAGCCCGACCUAUUUUUGGUGAAUGAGAUGAUCUCGAAUUUUGUGAGAGUUUUGAACUGCAAUCUGAAAGUAAUCACCGGGCCUAGAUGUACUGAUCUUGUGAUAAGAUCCCCAGAACAAUAUGGCUUCGAUGCAAAAAACCUCUUAAGACGGAUGGUUAUGAUAUACAUAAAGAUUCGCAGUGAUAAGUUUGUUGAGAUGGUAGCUAGUGACAAGAUGUACUUUGACAUUGAAUUCUUCCGCACUGCUCUUCGAAUAUGUGAAAGUAAAUAUCUCAUCAAUGAAUCACAGAUGGAGGAGCUGAGGAGUCUCAUAAGUAAGCUAGAGAAAGUUGAGGUGAUCGAAAAGAUCGAGUGUGUUCCUGACGAAUUCAUCGAUCCUUUGACAUUCAACCCGAUAAGGAACCCUGUAAAGCUUCUGACCUCAAAGGUGACUGUGGAUAAGUCUACAUACGACAUGCUGAUGAUGAAUGGAGGGAUAGACCCAUUCAAUAGAAUGCCUCUUACCGAAGACAUGGUCGUAGAGGAUACUGAACUCAAAGAAAAGAUAGACAAGCAUUAUGGCUGUGAUAACAAUGACAGGGAGGGUUGA